AUGGACCAGUGGGCAUUCUUAGAAGACAACAGAGAAAAAUGGGGCAAUUGCUGGGCUAUCUUUGGUGAUUGGAAUGCUAUUACAAAUAAUGAGGAGAAGAGGGGUGGAGUGAGGAAACAUGAGUCCGACUUUGUGGGGUUUAAGGAGUUUAUCCUGAAGAUGGAGAUGCAGGAGCUUGAUCAAAGUAGAUCCUUUUUUACCUGGGGGAACAACAGACAUGAAGAGGGAUAUGUAGAAGAAAGGCUGGAUAGGGUGUUUGUGUCACUAGAUUGGAUGCUGAGGUUUCCAAAAAUGGUGGUAUCAAAUUUCUAUAGGAGUGCCUCUAGCCAUAAUGUGAUUCUGUUUGACACUGAGGUGGAGAUGGAAAAGAGGAAAAAAAGAUUCACUUUUGACUCAAGAUGGGCUACAAUGGAUGGUGUCCAAGAAGCAGUAGUUGUAGGAUGGGAUAUAUCUGUGGAAGGAUCUCAGAUGUUCUUGGUGCAUGAGAAAGUGAAGAACACCAGAAUGGCCUUAAUAGCUUGGGCUAAACCUUUGAGGAGAAAUAAUGAGAAAACAAUCCAAAUGAGAACAGCCAAAUUAGAAGAGAUGAGAAAGCAAGAGGAGUAG